CUAAUUGCUACUGGCCUCCUUAAGGUCCGUGUGGUUUCUCCGUACCAAGGACCACCUUCGGACUACAUCGUGGUGAAGAUGAUUCCUGACAACCGCCUGCCCCCACGGCAUCUACAUGCGGUGCACCUGGCAAAAACAUUUGCUGUCAUUAAGUGGGAGUCACCAUACGAUUCGCCCGACCAAGAUAUGUUAUAUGCUGUAGCCGUUAAGGAUUUAGUAAGGAAGACAGACCGAACAUACAAGGUGAAAACCCGCAACAGCACUGUGGAAUACACCAUCAAGAAGUUGGAGCCUGGUGGGAAGUAUCAUAUCAUUGUUCAAUUGGGAAACAUGAGCAAGGAAGCCAGCUUGAAAAUCAAUACAGUUUCCUUGGCUGCUCCCGAUGCCUUAAAGAUUAUAGCAGAAAAUGACCAUAUCUUGUUGUUUUGGAAGAGUUUAGCUUUAAAAGAAACUCACUUUAGUGAAAGUCGGGGGUAUGAGAUACACUUGUUCGACAGUGUAACCAAUAGCACGACAUAUCUGGGAAACACCACUGAGAAUGUCUUCAAAGUUUCCAACCUGAAAUCAGGCCAUAAUUACUCAUUCACAGUGCAAGCCAGAUGUCUCUACAGUGGGCAGAUGUGUGGUGAGCCUGCAACACUCCUUUACAAUGAGCUAGGAGCUGAUAAAGAUCCUGCUGCAUCAACAAUGGGCAGUUCGACAGAUGUUGCUGCCAUCGUGGUCCCAAUAUUGUUCCUUUUGCUUGUGACUGUAGGGAUAGGGUUUGUCGUCUUGUAUAUGAGGCACCGAAGACUUCAGAACAGCUUCACUGCCUUUGCCAACAGCCACUAUAGUUCCCGGCUUGGCUCUGCCAUAUUCUCAUCGGGUGACGAUUUAGGUAAGUGGCACCACUUUGGUUGGGAUCAAGAGAGGUCUUGAAAUGGAUGGAACUCA